CUUAGUUCCACUCACCAUCGGCUUCCUGAUUACAGUUCCGGAGUGCGCUUAAUUUAGAGGAAUAUUUUUGACUAACCUGCUGGAUUUGGGCCUUUCCUCCAUUUUCUUGUCUUCCCUUAUCUUCUGCGACAUCUCGGCGGUCGCUUCGCUUAAUUUCUCGCGUUUCAAACGAGGUACCUUGACUACAAGUUGUUAAAAUGGAAGGUGAGAUGGCGGAAGACAUUGUGGAGGACUCUGAAACGUUCAUGAAAAGAAAAGAGACAAAGACGUAUCAGAGACGUAGAGAAGGUGGUGUAGAUGAAGAGAACUGUGUCAUAGUCCAGAGCCAAACAGAUAUUUGUGAAGUACCUCAUGAUGUCAACAGUAAUGUUCAGAUGGUGAUGAUGGAGCAACUUGAUCCAACCCUACUACAAAUGAAGACUGAAGUAAUGGAAGGUAUGGUUUCGCAAGAAGGUGAUCCUACUGUGGACGAUACACAAAUAAUUACACUGCAGGUUGUUAAUAUGGAAGAGCAGCCAAUUAAUCUUGGAGAGCUCCAGCUUGUCCAAGUUCCUGUAGCUGUUCCAAUGGCCACAACAUCUGUAGGCGAACUUCAUGCAGCUUUUGAAAAUGACGUAUCCAAAGAAGUUCUUCAGGAAGGGGAGCCCAUGAUUUGUCACACUUUGCCUCUCCCAGAGGGAUUCCAAGUAGUUAAGGUGGGGGCAAAUGGAGAGGUAGAAACUCUAGAGCAGGCAGAGUUACAACCACAAGAAGAACCUGGCUGGCAAAAGGAUCCUGAUUAUGUACCCCCUAUGAAAAAAUCCAAGAAAACUAAGAAAAGCAAACUGCGCUAUACAGAAGAAGGAAAAGAUGUGGAUGUCUCUGUCUAUGAUUUUGAAGAAGAACAGCAGGAAGGGCUGCUUUCUGAUGUGAAUGCAGAAAAAGUGGUUGGAAAUAUGAAGCCUCCAAAGCCAACAAAAAUUAAAAAGAAAGGUGUGAAAAAGACGUUCCAGUGUGAGUUGUGUAGUUACACCUGUCCUAGACGUUCUAACCUGGAUCGCCACAUGAAAAGCCACACCGAUGAAAGGCCACACAAGUGCCACCUAUGUGGAAGGGCUUUCAGGACUGUUACUUUGCUUAGAAACCACCUCAAUACUCAUACAGGUACUCGACCUCACAAGUGUCCUGAUUGUGACAUGGCAUUUGUGACUAGUGGUGAAUUGGUGAGGCAUCGUCGUUACAAACACACCCAUGAGAAACCAUUUAAAUGUUCGAUGUGUGAUUAUGCUAGUGUUGAGGUCAGUAAACUCAAGCGACAUAUUCGGUCCCAUACUGGAGAACGUCCCUUCCAGUGCAGCUUGUGCAGCUAUGCCAGCAGGGACACAUACAAGUUGAAAAGACACAUGCGAACCCAUUCAGGUGAAAAGCCAUAUGAAUGCUACAUUUGCCAUGCUCGUUUUACACAGAGUGGGACCAUGAAGAUGCAUAUUUUGCAGAAACACACUGAAAAUGUGGCCAAAUUUCACUGCCCCCAUUGUGACACAGUAAUUGCAAGGAAGAGUGACUUAGGAGUCCAUUUGCGAAAACAACAUUCCUACAUUGAGCAAGGCAAGAAAUGCCGCUACUGUGACACCGUGUUCCAUGAACGUUAUGCACUAAUCCAGCACCAGAAGUCUCAUAAAAAUGAAAAACGAUUUAAAUGUGACCAGUGUGAAUAUGCUUGUAGACAGGAACGACACAUGAUCAUGCACAAAAGGACCCAUACCGGUGAGAAGCCUUAUGCCUGCAGCCAUUGUGAUAAAACUUUUCGGCAGAAACAGCUGCUUGAUAUGCAUUUCAAAAGAUACCAUGACCCAAGCUUUGUUCCUGCUGCAUUUGUGUGCUCCAAGUGUGGGAAAACAUUUACUCGAAGGAAUACAAUGUCAAGACAUGCAGACAGUUGCACUGGGCCUGACGGUACAGAUGGUGAAAAUGGGGAAGAAGGUGAAGUGAUUCACAAAAAAGGGAAACGUGGACGCAAGAGAAAGAUGCGCUCCAAGAAAGAAGGUUCUACUGACAGUGAGGAUAAUGCUGAACCUGAGCUUGAUGAUGACGAUGAAGACGAAGAUGAUGAUGAAGAGGAGGAGACCCCUGUAGAAAUAGAAGCUGAUCCUGAACCAGAAGAGCCAGUGAGUCCGAUUCCACCCCCUGCAAAGAAGCGUAGAGGAAGACCGCCUGGCAAAGCCAACCAAGCAAAGCAAAAUGCAGCUGUUAUUCAGGUGGAGGAUCACAACACCAGGGCAAUUGAAAACAUAAUUGUUCAGGUGAAGAAAGAAUCAGACCUAGAAGCAGAGGUAGUUGUGGAAGCUCCUGUACUAACACCUGCAGUGGAGGCACCAAAUGGAGACCUUACUCCAGAAAUGAUUCUAAGCAUGAUGGACCGGUGAUGCAGGCAAAACCCAUUGCCUUGCUUUAUUGAACUGGCUCGAGUUGUGUUUAAAUGGCUCAUUACUAUUUUAUGAGAUCUGAUCAUUUUAUUUUUAACUUUUUUUUUUUUGCUUUGUGGAUUUUUUUUAAGAUUUGUUUUACCAUAUAUGUACAGGCAAACCUCAAAGUAAGGCAAAACAUAAACUGGCUAUCCAACAUUAAACAUUUAAUUUCUUCAAGACGAUCAUGUAAUUAGUUAAUAUAUAGAUGAUAAUAAAGAGGUUUCCAUUCAAUUAAUUGUGGUUACCCCAAGUCUUUAGGGGAAAUUAACUUGCUCAGUUUUCCCCAAUGAAGUCUACUCAGAAUUAAUAAUCCCAAUCCUUCACAUGGCUUAGGCAAUUAAAAAAAUAAUAAAAAUAAACCCAAAGUAAUGGAUCUUGUAUCAUGAACCUAUUACCUAUUGGUGUUUCUUUGAAAUAGGGAUCACUGUAUACUAAGAUGCACCUACCAUUUUUAUCAGUUGUAAAUGCAGAUUAUGGUUGGUUGUUAAAAGUUAAAGUUCAAUUCAACAAUAUUUUGAAAUAGUUCUAAGGUAGGUAAAACCCUGUUUGCAAAAAUCUUGAUGUCCGCAAGUAGUAUAUUCAGCAUGCUUUAAAGUUCUAGCAAACAGAUUUUCUUUUCAAUCUUUGUUUUGUUGAGCAGAACCGGAAAACAAAGACUAUGUAAAUAACUUUUUUACAUUUUAAUCUUUUUCUAUCAAGAUGUUUGAAUAACUACAGAAGGAUGUGGUGAGCAAAAUAAUUUUAAUUACUGGCAUAUGGGAACGUUAAAAUAUUUAAGGCAAUGUGCAUAGUGGACAUAAUACAGAUCAUGAGUUUGAGUUUUCAAAUUGUAUAACAUGCUUUUUAUGAUACCGUUGUUACCCCUUUUUUAUGUUUGCUCUCUGUAAAAUAUUUAAUUUUACGCUAUUCUCCGUGUCGGUCACAAUGUGUUUAGGUGUCAAGUGACGGUAGAAUUGCAAUUUAUAGGGAUAGCUUUUGGUUCCUUUUCGCCCUAUCCCUAUAGCACAUUAUUCUGAAGCGCUGUUCUUCCCAUCCCGUAAUAGAGGACUCGUGCACAGAAUGUGGAAAUACCUGUAUAUGACAAGUCAAAAAAUUUAAUUUUUUUUUUUUUUAUCAAUCUUUAUUCUUGUUAAACUUUUACUUCCUCUAAUGUACUGCUUUUAAGAGCUAUCAAUUUAGAAAUCUGGAUAGAUAAAAACAUUUUUUGUACCUUGCUGUCCGGUGAUCUUUUCAUUUUAAAAAGCCAACAAGGGUAAACUGUUAAAAUUGUGGUGAAAAGGAAAUGUAGAAAGGAUUUUUGAAAUGCAAUUGUACCACUGUACAGCUAAUAAAUAAUAAUGGAUUCAUAUGGAG